UUAUUAAUGAAAUACCCUAGAAAGAACUUUUAGAAAAAAGAGGGAAAAAAAUUCACCCAGGAUGCCACAAUAUUAACCUAACCGCUGAUAGUAUUCUGACUUACUUAUUUUUGUACAUAAAACAGGUGUAUCUUCUGAAGUCAAAAUCGUGUUGCCAUGACUUCCAACCCAAAGUGCGUGGUUUGGAAGAUACUACAGUAUCUGUGUGCCUGCCGCAGUAGUUAGUACAGAAUCCUAGUGUAUUGUUCUGAUCAAACUAGUUGCUUGAUUGUGGUAUGCACUAACUGUCGAUCUUUUUUUUUCUUGUAUAUUUGGGUAAAUGCUUUGAUAUUUAUACCCUCUCUUCCAUAUUAGCUUAAUCCAAGAGAUUUUGUGUUUUCCUUUAAAAAAUCAGCACAUUUUAAAAAAUUAGGACCAUGUCAAGAAAGAGAUAACCCAAAGCAUACCUUUUGGGGAAUGUGAUUUUAUCUUCUCUUCCCAAUUCUGCAUCUGCACAGGCAGGAAGCUGCAUGGUUGGAUAACUGCUGGGUCAUUUUGACAUAUGCAAGGAGGAAAAAGAAGCUAUGACCAAAGAAGCUGGAAAAGCAAAAACCAAAACCAAAAAAUUUUGAGUUCAGUCAAAAUGAAUCAUUCAUUCAACAAACAUUAAAUUUCAUUGCACUGAUAACUGGAGCCACUCAGGUGGCCGGAGUAACUUUCUGGGCUGUCUGUCUCAGACAGACAGGGUUAUGUUCAGGCUCACCCCAGGCUGGCUGCUUGGCCAGCAGGGAGACAGCAGCCCGCCAGCCCUGCUUCCUUUGUUGUUAAUUGCUAUUGUUUUUCUUAAGGUCUUUGGUCCAGGGUUCUGGUUCUCUGCUCUGGUUUCUUUCUAAGUGGUCACAUUGUUUGCUCUGGGUCUCUGUUAGUUUUGGAAGAUUCAACUUUGAAGAGAAACUGAGCCCUUGUUUCUCUACCUAAUAGAUGGAACCACCAGCUGAGUCUUCCCUAUUAUUAUUAUUAUUAUUUUUUAAGAUAGAUCUCUUCUCUGGACAUUGUAUGGGUCUGAAAAAAAGUCAGCCAUGUCUGUUUCUACCUUUUAGGUCAUUUACCAUAAAGAUGAGGUGGUUUGGCUUUAUCUUUUACCGAAAAAAAACUCCUCCACAAUAAAUACACGUAAUAAGAGCCAUGGCUUUAAAAGUGCUCCUGGAACAAGAGAAAGCAUUUCGCACCAUUGUACUUUUACUGGCCUAUUUGGCGUGUGAAGUGAUUUGUGAAACAGGAGGCUGUAGACAACAAGAAUUCAGGGAUCGAUCUGGAAAUUGUGUUCUCUGCAAGCAAUGUGGGCCAGGCAUGGAAUUGUCUAAGGAAUGCGGCUUUGGCUACGGGGAGGAUGCCCAGUGCAUGACGUGCCGGCCUCAGAGGUUCAAGGAGGACUGGGGCUUUCAGAAAUGCAAGCCGUGCCUGGAGUGCGCGGCCAUGAACCGCUUCCAGAAGGCCAACUGCUCCGUCACCAGCGAUACUGUCUGCGGGGACUGCUUGCCAGGGUUUUAUAGGAAGACAAAACUUGUCGGUUUUCAAGACAUGGAGUGUGUACCUUGUGGAGAUCCUCCUCCUCCUUACGAGCCACACUGUACCAGUAAGGUCAACCUCGUGAAGAUCCCAUCCACGGCCUCCAGCCCGCGGGACACAGCCCUGGCGGCCGUUAUCUGCAGCGCCCUGGCCACUGUCCUGCUGGCCCUGCUCAUCCUCUGUGUCAUCUAUUGUAAGAGGCAGUUUAUGGAGAAAAAACCCAGCUGGUCUCUGAGAGCACAAGACAUUCAGUACAAUGGUUCUGAACUGUCAUGUUUUGACAGACGUCGGCUCAACGAAUCUGCUCCCAGAGCAUGUUGUCGGUGCCACCGGGACACAGCCCAGACCUGUGGGCCUGUCCACUUGAUUCCAUCUCUGUGCUGUGAUGAGGCCUGCAGCGGGGACCGGGUGACUCUUGGCUGUAGGGUGCAUUCCAAGGCCACUCUUCAGGAGAGACACACAGGUCCAGCAGGGGAGACCAUGCCCACGUUCUUCGGGUCUCUUUCAAGGUCCAUCUGUGGUGAGUUUUCAGACGCCUGGCCUCUGAUGCAAAAUCCCAUUUGUGGUGAUGACAUCUCUUUUUGUGACUCGUAUCCUGAAUUCCCCGGAGAAGAAACUCAUUCUCUCAGUCCAGAGAACGAAAGCUCAUCAUCUUUGGAUUCAAACAGUAGCCAGGAUUUGGUUGGUGGAGCCCUUCCAGAGCAUUCUGAAAACUUUACGGAAACUACUGAUUUCUCUAGACGUAACAGCCCCCCGACAGAACCAGUGCUGACUCAGAAUACACUGACUACCAGAAGCCAGCUACGGCAGGAGAGUGGUGACAUCACUUACCUGUCCACUCAGACAUCCCUGCAGGAAGCUUAAAGGAGUUGCUUCUUUCUGCCGUUGAAGCAUAUGGAUGGAACCCACCGGGCCCUCGCCCCUCCGCUUUAGGCUUAUGAACUGAGCACAGUCUGGACCCUGCGCGGCUUCUGGGGGAAAAGAAAAUAAAUCUGAACCAAACUGAUGGCGUUUUAAGCCUUUCAACCAGUUGCUUCUGAGCCAGACCAGCUGUAAGCUGAAACCUCAAGCAAUAACAAGGAAAGACUCCAGGCACUCACAAUACUUUGCAUCUUUCCUAAACAAGAAGCUUCUAUGCCACAAGCGUGACUUCAAAGACUGAUGGGUCGAGUUUGCAGCCUACGAGAUUAUGAGCAUAUAACAAGAAACAGAAAUGCAUUCAUGCUUAUUUUCACGGUGAAUGUGGUUUUACCGGACUGAAGACCAGACUCUAUGUUUUUUCAUUUAUACUUUCUCUCCAGGAAUAAUUUCAUGUAGCCAAUUAUCCUACUAAAAGUCAGUGUCAGAUUAGUUACCUGAGUUAUUAUGUCGAAGCGUUCAAAAAUGAGUGUUUGUAUGUGAUGAAACUCACUUUUUCAUCAUCUGAUUAGCUUAGGAGGUUAUAAUUGACUUCAUAUUGCCUGCCUAAAUCAUGGGUUUGUUAGAAGAAGGCAACUGGCCUGACUAGGAAUCAGAGGAGGGCAAGCCUUCUCCAGAACGGAGAACGUGUAACCUUAGCUACUGACUUGUGAACCCCUGCCGGAGCUGGUAAUGAGAGGAGCCUGAGCUCGGGAAGUGGUGGGGAAAGAGCUACCCACCACCCUGUGUUAAAAACCACUUAGCACAUGUAUCCUGGAGACUUGGAUACAAUGAUUAGCAUAUUUCUGUGAAAAGCAAUUGAUAUGGAAGCAUUUGUUACUUCUGACUCUGUGAUUGAGCUUAGAAGAUCCAGAAUUUCUCUCUUAUAGAAAAGUGAUAAUUUAUAAAGAUAAUUUUCCUCCCCUCCCCUCCUUCUGCCUCCAAAGCCUACCAGCCUGUCCUCUAUACCUAUGAGUUUAUUUUUGUUUUUGUUUUUGUGUCAUAUCUUAUAACUAAGGGCUUUAGAAAUUACCGCUUAUCUGGUUCCCCUCCUGCUGGAAUGUAACACCCAGCGAACCGUCUUAAGAGACUGCACUACAUACUAGAAUGGGAAGAAAAAGCAGGCAGCCUAGAGGAGAGCAGUUCAUAACUGCCCUCUUGGAGUCCGCCCAAGUGUUACAGUGGUCCCUCCGACUGUGCACAUUUCGUCAGCACAGUGAUCUGCCAUAGGCAGUGAUGCUGGAUUUAAGUGUGGCAUCAGGCGCCCCAUCCCUUACAUCCUUGGUAUUUACACACUAGGAUUUUCUCUACAGCUAAGAGAGACAAUGAACCCAGUUCAGCCACAAACCGGAAGAUGGCUCAUUUGCUCUUAAUCUUUACACCCUGGAGAGGAAUUACUUGAGCAGGAUUUAUCUGUUUCCUACGUGAACCUACAUGAUCAGCUCUGGCCUUUGUCUUUUCACAUUUGCACUUAAAAAAGAAAUCGAACAUCACUGUGUUUGAGUGCACUAAAAUACGUAGUUUCCCAAUUGCCCCACCCAGAUCACUCUUACCUAACAUUAAAUUGAACUAAAAAAGAUCUGUCUUUCUUAGGACUUUUUAUCUUCUCACUUAUUAGACCAUGCUUCUCUCUCUCUGUAGGAAGUUAGGAACAUCUAAUGAGCCUUCUUCUUUGUAGCUGGACCGGUUUCUCUCCCCAUGGUUUUAGGCUCUAAUAUGUGUGGAUUAGCUUGCCUGUGCUUGGUUCUUCUCGUGACCUCAGUUCCUUGAACCAAAAUAAGAAAUUAGAAUCAUCUCAGGGUGACCCACAAUCUUUUGUGUCUCCCUAGUACCCUCUUUUCUUUUCCUUUUGGAGCAUUCAUCAAUGGUUUUUAAACUUUGAUAAGUCGCCAGCUCUUAGGAGAGUUGCCUUUAGGAAAGUCAUGUAAAAUAUGUAGGAUUUGACCACAAGAUGUCUAUGAAAAUGCACACUAGAGUUUCCUCGAGUGGCUUCACUGUAAUUCACAUAUGUAUGCCAUUGUUUGCAAUCUGAGCGUUUUGUUUUGACAGAGGGAUGAUCAAAGUAGGCCCGGGUUGUGCUGCUUCUGGUGACCUGAAUAUAUUUUCCACAUGUAGAAACCCUCUUCAACUUCAAAGACAAACACUUGCUGGAGAGAGCUAGAUGGAUGGGAAUGAGACUGUGGCCCUAAACCCUGAAACAUCACUUUGGAUCAGUGAGGAAAUACUUAGGGUUGAAAGCUGAUUUCAUUUGAUACUAAAUUUGAAAAUUCCAGGGUUAUUUUAUCAAGAUGAAGACAUUUUACCACCACCUACUGCAGAAACAUAUAAUAAUGUUAGAUUCUAUACUCUGUAUAAAGACUUGAGAGGAAAAGCCCAAUCUGCAUUUCCCAUAGUUGGAAUAUCCUACAGCGAUCACAGGAACUCAGCCUCUAGGAUGUGGAUGCCAGGAAAUCAUCAUCAGGUAAUAAUAGGGCUGGGAGUGAGAAUUGGUGUGAUUUCAAACAUUACAGAGACCCACCAACAAGAAUGAGACAAGGAUUUGGGGACUGACCAUGUAAAGGCAAGGGUUUCCUCAUUUUGUGUAUACGGAAUAUAUUUUUCAAAUAUAGAUUUUCUACUUUAGAUAAAAUGUUACUGUUGCUAAUACCUAGUUAAGCUCUAUUGUUCAUGGUAGUAAAAAAAAAAAAAUUUGAAGAGAAAAGGAAAAGAAGUCCAUCAUUGCUUGAAGGUCACCAGCUUGAAUCAAUUUAGAUUUCAUCAUUACUAUUUUGCAUACUGGAAUUUAUAAAUUUGUAAAUUUUCAUUUUCUUAUACAAAUUGUUUUGUAAUAUCCUUUUUUAUAUGUGAAUAAAAUCAUUACCUGGUAUUCGUA